CAGGGGGGUGUUAGGGGUCUAAUAAACAUGUUUGAUUACAUGUUUUGUUGCUGGAGUGUAAUCUUGAUGCCACUGGCGCGCGCCCUUCCUCUCUCCUCUCUCUCUCCCUCCCCCUGAUUCAGUGCGAGUGGUUGUUAUAAACCUUCUUCGCAGAGCCGCGCCACGCGCACCGCUCAGUUCAGUGACAGACAGCGGACGGAGGAGCCUCGCGCGCUCAGUUCGGUGUGAACAGUGUGUUUUUUUGUGCGCUCUUUUGCGGUUUUGCGUAAAGGGCGCUAUUUUUUGGGACAUGGACUCCAAGAAAUCAUCAGUUUCGGAAAAAUAACCAGACAAACAGAAAUAGAGAGAGAGAUGCAAGCGAACAGCAGCUCAUCCCCGCUCGGCUCAAGCCCGUGCGCUCUGGGUCUGGGCGCUGACGGGGAAGACGACCCCUGGAACCGGAGCGACAUCCCGCUGCGCUGCUGGCUCCAGCUGCUCUCCAAGGACCCCGCCGUGCAGGCGCACGCGGACAGCGCGAGCGCGGUGCUGCGCGUGGCCAUCGCGCUGGUGUACCUGGUGGUUUGCGCUCUGGGACUGGUGGGUAACGUCCUCGCGCUGUGCGUGCUGCGCUCUCGCCACGGUUUAAGGCGUUCCUCCAUCAACUGCUUCGUGAUGAGUCUCGCGGUCACCGACCUGCAGUUCGUGCUCACGCUGCCCUUCUGGGCGGUGGACACCGCGCUGGACUUCCGCUGGCCCUUCGGAAAACUCAUGUGCAAGCUCGUGAGCUCGGUGACCACCAUGAACAUGUACGCGAGCGUCUUCUUCCUCACCGCUAUGAGCGUGGCGCGCUAUUGCGCGCUGGCCACGUCGUUGCGCACAGCCCCGGACAGCGCGUGCAGCGGCGCGAGGCGCGCGAGCGUGGCUAUCUGGCUCGUGGCGCUAGUUGCUACUCUCCCCCACGCCAUCUAUUCCACUACGGCGCGCGUGGCCGAUGACGACGAGCUGUGCCUCGUGCGCUUCCCGGACACGGGCGGCUGGGACCCGCAGCUGCUGCUCGGCCUCUACCAGACGCAGAAGGUGCUCCUGGGAUUCCUCGUGCCCUUAGUGAUCAUCUGCGCGUGCUACCUGCUGCUGCUGCGCUUCGUGCUGCGGAGGCGCGUGAGCAGCGGCGCGCCACCCAGCUCCGAGGAGCGCGAGCGCAGCCGGCGCCGGCGCCACUCGCGCGUCACCAAGUCCGUGACGGUGGUCGUGCUGUCGUUCUUCGUGUGCUGGCUGCCCAACCAGGCGCUGACGCUGUGGGGGGUGCUCAUCAAGUUUGACCUCGUGCCCUUCAGCAAGGCCUUCUACAACGCGCAGGCCUACGCGUUCCCUCUUACCGUCUGCCUCGCGCACACCAACAGCUGCCUCAACCCGGUGCUCUACUGUCUCGUGCGCCGCGAGUACCGCGCCGGACUUAAGCAGCUGCUGCUCAAGGCCCUGCCGUCCGCCCGCACCCUCGCCAGGCUCGUGCCGUCCCGGGGCAAGAAGGUGGCUGAAGCACCGCAACAACGUGGUGGUGGGACCACCGUGCAGGGGCUGGCGGUGGUGCGCGUGGUGGAUGGAGGGCUGUGAACGCUUUAGGAACCAACCAAAAGGAUCGAGCAUCAACAGCAUGAACAGCAUCAGGAGCAUCAGCAGCAUCAGUACCAAGAGGAGCAGCAGAGUUAAAAGUGGGCGUGGCUUUGUUUUGCAGCUGUUUUAGUGCAUCCCACUGCACAUCUGCAGAAGGAGUGACCCAAACCUUAAGUUCACACACUUACGUUUAUUUAUUGCACUAAUGAUGCCGGAAAAUAGGGAAAUUAACGAGGACGCCCGAUCCCGCGCGCGCUGUGAUCAGAAAGAAGAACACUCAUAUUAAGAGGCUUAUCUCGGCUAAUCCACAGGAAGGCUCGCGCUGGGAUUCAGGAACUUUCCGACUCUCCAAAAACUCCGUGAGCUCUUCUAAUCUGGAGGAAGCGGGAGCGCGCGGGGCUCUUAAGGCUCUAAUGAACAGAUUAGUCAUCCUCACUGAUAAUAAGUAUAUAAGUCUGUGUAUUACUGAGAAAAUAACUCUACUGCUCUACAGCUUCACUGAAGCCUCUCAGAUCAGAAGCUGGAAACUCUAAGGUGGCAUGAGGGUAAUUUUUAAUAAGGUGUGGUCUUGAGAUAAAAUACUGAGAUAACUGUAAGAUCUUGUGGCCUCAAUAAACACUAAUACGUGGCAGCAACAUAUUAUUUUUUUUAUUAUGGUCUCUUUUGGCUUCAACAUAUGGAUUUUGACAGCAGCUGCAAUCCUUAAAACAUGCCUUUAUCUGUUUUUUUGUGGUCUCGUUUUUUAAAUAGAUGGCAUCAUUAUAUUAUAUUUUUGUGGCAUGAAUAAUUUAGUAAAUGGCAGCAAUAUGUUUAUUGUAUUAUCAAUAUAUUGAUUUAUGGUUUAUAUAUAUUGUUUUGACCUCAAUAUAUUAUUUUGUGGUCUCAGUAAUAUAUUAAUUUUGGCCUCAAUUUAUUUUCUUGUGAUCUCAAGAACUUAAUAUUAGUCUUAAUAGUUUAUCAUGUGUAUCUUGUGGAACCAAGAACUCAAUUUAUCAGUUUAUUCUCUUUGGGCCUCAAUUAAUUUAGUUGGUGGCAUCAAUUUAAAACUUUGCCCUAAAUAUAUAUUUUUGUGCCCUCAAUGAAUUCUUAAGUGACAUAAAUAUUCUAAUUUGUGACAUCAAUAUAUUUUAUAAUAGCCUCAAGGAACGUGCACUCUCAAUGUAUUCAUUUGUAGCCUCAUUUUUUUUACUCAAAGCCUCAAUAUUUUCAUUUGUCAUCUGUAUAUACAGUACAUUUCCUUGUUUUAGCUUCAGUAUUUUAGUGUUAGGAAUCAAUACAUUCAAUUGUGGCAUCAAUAUACUGCAUUUUAUUAGCCCUCUAGAAAUUAAUCUGUAAGGGUUAUCAUACAAUGAUAACAAUAAAAAUAAUUAAAUUAAAAUAUUUUUUCUUGAUAUUGAUAUACUGUAUAAUCUUUUGUGACAUCAAUGACGGUUGAAUAAAUAUACCAUACUUCAGGCUCAAUAUACAGCUCUGGAAAAUUUAGGAAGAGACCGCUUAAAAAUGAUAACUUUCUUUGAUUUUACCAAAUUGCCCAAAUUAAAAAAACCUCUGGAAUAUAAUCAAGAGGAAGAUGGAUGAUCACAAGCCAUCAAACCAAACUGAACUGCUUGAAUUCUUGCACCAGUAGUGGCAUAAAGUUAUCCAAAAGCAGUGUGUAAGACUGGUGGAGGAGAACAUGCCAAGAUGCAAGAUGCAGAACUGUAAUUAAAAAACAGGGUUGUUCCAGCAAAUAUUGAUUUCUGAACUCUUAAAACUUUGUGAAUAUGAAUUAGUUUUCUUUGCAUUAUUUGAAGUCUAAAAGCUCAGUUUUCAUUAUUUCAGCCAUUUCUCAUUUUCUGUAAAUAAAUGUUCUAAAUUCUAUAGAAUAAAACAUCAAUAUUCAUUUUACUCAAACAUAUACCUAUAAAUAGCAAAAGAGAAACUGAUUCAGAAACUGAAGUGGUCUCUUGUUUUUUUUCCAGAGCUGUAUUAUCCAGUGUCUUCAAGAUAAAUAAAUAUAUGGCAUUAAUAUGUGAUCUCACAACCUCUAUUUAUAUUUACGCCUAAUUAUGCUUAAUUCAUCUUCAGAUUAAUCAUUUUUUGGCCUCAAUAUAUCAUCUUGCACUCUCAGUAUAUUACCUCAUGACCCUGCCUUAUUAAAAUAAACACCAUGUGACCUUAGAGAGAUAUGCCAUAUCCAGAGGUUUCCAGAUCCAGAUGUUGGAGAGCCCAUGCUCUGUAUGUUUUCCCUGUUCUAACAGAUGUUUCCCAGCACAUGCCGUAUCAACACUCAGCUCUUACGCAUGCACACUGCCUCCUGCAGGUCUUCACACUUAGGGGGGAUUUAGCUCCAGGCAAAAGGAAGCAGUCACCUAGGGCCCUCAUGAAGCAGGACCCCAGUGGAAAUUCAGUAUACUGUACAUGCUGGUGUAAGAUACCCUGUUCUGAUAUUUUAAAUAUGCAUAAAAACACAUUAUACUCACUGUUUUUAAAAUUGCAUUCAGACAGGGCAAUGCAGAAAUACCUGUGGUUUUAUAUAAUGGACUAUUUCAUGAUAAAACAACGACAAAAAUGUUCAGAAACAGGUGGAACCAAGAGAAUAAAAUUCGGAUAAAUUGUAGUUCAAGUGCCUGGUCAUUAAUGGGUCAAUAAUAAUAUAACUUGCAGUUUGUGUCAACAGCAUAAUUGUAUAUAAUUUCUAUUUUUUAUCCAGCUUUUCACCCCAAUUUGGAAGGCCAAUUACCCAACCCACUCAUCCACUAUCACUAUUAAUGCCCCAAGACUAGGUCUAGGAAAUGAAUCCUCCAUUGCUUGGUUUCAUCACUGGCACACUGGAUCACUCCAAGCGCUACAAUACCUUUUAACAUUUACUGUAAAUGACCAUAUUAUUAUAAAUAUAGAGGAAUGUUAAAUUUCACUUUUAAGUACUUUACUUUUGCACAAUUUAUACAGUUUCUUUGAUGUGUGUGUGUGGGGGGGGGGUGUGUUUUUACCAUGUCCGCAGUGCUGCCUGGUUGCAUUGAAUGAUUUUUUUUAAAAAGUCGUUAAAUAACACAUAUUUUCCUUAAGGUUUUAAAGAUGUUUUUUAUUAGUUUAGGCAUUUUACUAGGAAUCCCCUGUCAUCUCUGAAUAACUUGCCUCUUUAAGAAAGUGAUUUUUGACAUUAGUGGCAUCACAAACUUCACACCGUACUGUAAACUUUUUAAGAAACUGAACAGAGUUGCUGCUGCAUGUUCAGUAAUGAAUAAUAUUAACUUAUCUUAUUACUUAACUUAGGUAACGCUUAAGCUGUCCUUUCUGUUAUGGUAAAAUAUCAAGGUAAUUAUUGAUUAUUAACUUAAGAAAAAUAUAAUUAUAAACCAUAUAAAAUGUAUGCAAAGCCAGGUCAAACCUAGUACAAUAGGUCAAACCAACUUGUCUACCUUAUCAUGGGAUGCUGCGCAACAGGUUUAGCAAAAACUGGCAUUUGAUGAAAAUUAAAUUGAUUACCGUAGAAAAAUAUGAUUUUUGUGAAAUCUUAUAAAUAUGCAUAACUAGAGAGUAAUUUUUUAAAGUAUUUUGACAGACAAAAUGCACUGUUCUCACAAAACCAAUAUAUAUUAAUUACUAAACAUGCAGUAAGUGUCUUUAGUCCCUUGAAAAGUAAACAGCAUGAAGUUUGGAAUGUCAAAUUUUUACUUUCUUAUUGAGUCGGUUAUCCCAAGAUGACAGGGUGGACAGGGAAUUCUCGCACACCAGGGGUCAGCAAUUUAGUUUGCGGGCCAGAUAUUUUCCAAACCAUUAGGUGGUGGGCCACAAAAAAAAAAAAUCUGUUUUGGAAAAUGAAGUGUAAUGUGACAGAGUGUUACAGGCUAGUAGCUCUCCCGCCCAGAGGGUUGUUGAACCCAAUUGCAGUUGCAGAACAGUUGAUCUCAAAGCAGGUAAACCCAAGAAUAAAGGGAAAAAAAACACAAUACUCCUCCCACAGAAUCGAACCUGUGUCGUCAAGGUCGCGGUCCAAUACACUACCGCUGUCCCGGCUAGUGAUUUGAGACACAGCUGGGAAAAAAACAGCCUUAUAAGGCGAUAGAGAGCCCAAGAACAGGCGGGUGGAAAAUAAAGUCACGCAGAGCUCGUCAGAGAGACAGGGGAGGAGGGUAAACAGAAGCUCACCAGAGAAGCGUUUUAUUUAUUUAUUUUUAUUAUCGUUUAUUAUAGUUCAAACAACCUUACGAGCCAGAUGUUUCAUGCUUGCUGGCCACAGCUGACCGACGGGCCGCCUACUGCCGACCACUGUUUUACAAGCAUAAAUAGCUUGAUUUUUUUCAUGAAAAUACUAAAUAACAAUGACAACAGUAACUGACAAUGACAGAACUAAAUAAACAAUUGUAAUGGAUAUUUUAUUAAAAUAUAUACGUAUAUAUGAUUUCAAAUAAAUAAAUAAAGUAAAUAAGGCAUAAUAAUAAGUAAAUUAUUAUUAAUGUAAAAUUGGAUGAGGAUUUUUAUCUCGCCCAUGUUUCUGUCUGGCCUGGCUGUAGACAUCUUGAUUUCAAUCAAUUGAGUGUAAUGUAUUCAUGUGGCCACUAGAUGCUAUGUAUGAGGACACUCUCCAUGUGAGGCCAAUGGGUUUAAAACGUUUUAAAAGAUUUUAUAAGUUUUAUGAUGCAGAGAAGCAGAAAUGUAAUGUCCCCAUAUGAGGAUGCAGGAUCUCAAGACGGUUAACCAGGCAGCUCUGUGGACAUGGCAAGAAACCCACCACACACAUAUAAAAUAACUGUAUAACUACUGUACAAAAAAGUGAUUGAAUGAAUUUAAAGAGAAGGUUAACAUUCCUCCAUAUGUUUAAUAUUGUAUUCAUUCAGAGUAAAUGUUGUUUACUCUAUAUGUUGUUACAUAGUGACAUAAUUAGACAUGUUAUAUUGUUAUUGACCCAAAUGUGAAGCAACAAGUAAAACCAAGGCAAUUAAUUUUAAUCAAUUAAGAUAAACUAAAGUGUGCAGUGGAAUUUUUUCAGCAUAUUCCUGGUCAUUAAUGUGUAUUAAGUGUAUGGAGCUCUGAAUGUCACACACAUAUUAAAAUAAUAAGUCCCCAUUUCCAGAUUUAUCAAAUCCACCUCACCAAUAUUCAGAUUUCAUUAGGCUUAUUUUUAGAACACGUGUGAGUGAGAUGAUAUGCAGUCAGGAGGAGCUGAACUUUAGUCUACAGCCUCCUUCAGAAAAUGCAUUCAUUACAUACGAUAUUAAAACCGAGGUCAAUUAAAUCUUACACACACACACACACACACACACACACACACACUACUAGCCCCACUUCACUGCUCAGCCCCUCUUCUGGUGAAGAGCAUUCUGGACGGAAUAUUUAAUGCAGCUCUAACAGCUCCGGCUUGCUGCAUGCGUUCUAAUCGAUUCAUUAUCACAAAUUAGACUGUAAUUCCUGCAGGGAAAACACAGUGUCAUGAUCGACUCGGCAGCACCUCUUACCACUGAGCUGCUCUUCAUAUAAAAAAACUUCUACAGCCUGUUCUUUAUUUCAGUGCAUACUGGAUUUAAAAAAUGAUGAUUAUGUGUAAAUAAAGCAGUAUUUUUGAAGCAUGUUCACUCUGUUUUGUUUUAUAUCGGAAAUAGUUAACUAUCUAAAAUAAUGAAUUCUCUGAGUAGUUUGUUUUAAUCAUUUAUUUCUAUUUUUUCCCCCAUUGUCUUUUAAUUUAGCCAGGCCAAUUGUCCCACACGUUCAGCUGCUACU